UUGAAUGUGGAACAAAAACGUGCCUUCGCUAUUGUAGCAAACCACUCUUUAUUAAACAAGCCAGAUCCUCUACGCAUGUUUAUGGGUGGUGUUGGUGGUACCGGCAAGUCCCGGGUCAUCCAAGCACUCACCUCUUUCUUCGCCGAACGCAAUCAGGCACGUCGGUUACGCUUGGCAUCCUUCACCGGUGUAGCUGCACGCAACAUCGCCGGCACUACCCUGCAUGCCGCACUGUCUUUAGAUCAACGCCGUAACGGUAAA